ACUAACGUCUUUAUCAUGCGUAAACAAAAUGAUAAUUAUCUCUAUUAAAAUAGAGCAAGAGCUUUCACCAUUCUUGAAAAUAGUAGAGUGUCAAAUUAGUUGUAUUCAUCAUUCUGUGCUUAUAUCCGCAAUUUGUACAAAAAGAGAUGAAUAACUAUGAUACAUAAUAGUAAAGUGUAUUAGCUCUGACAUAAUAAAUAUAAUUUUCUUCCAAUUUUUAAGUAUAACAUUUCGCGUUGUUUGAGCAUAACCAAUAUGUCAGACGUUAAAAGCCUCGAAUACCCAACGUUAAAGGUUCCUUAUGAACUCCUCAACAAAAAAUUUCGGUUAGCACAAAAGGUCAUAGAUAGGGAAGCUUCAUACGUACAAACAGCAGCUAAUGAAUUAAUAAAGGAUAAUAAAACCUCUGUUCCUGCUGGGGAGAUGAGCCUAUUAUUAGGUGGAGUUGUGGAGAAACUUCAAACCUUAAAGAGAAAGGCGCACGAAUCUAUUACAGAAGAAUUGCAAGCAAGCAUGGUUUGCAAAAGACGUCUAGAACAUUUAAAAGAACACGCCAAUACCGCACCGAGUGUUGUGAAUCAGUGGCGGAGACAAAGGCUUGAUAGAAUGCUGAUAGAAUAUUUCCUUCGGAAAGGCUAUUAUACAACUGCAACUAAAUUAGCAGAUAGUAGCGAGCUUAGAGAUUUAACAAACAUAGAUGUUUUUAUGGUAUCCAGGGAAGUAGAAACGUCUUUAGCAAAUCAUGAAACUGCAAGGUGUGUUGGAUGGUGCUAUGACAAUCGAUCUAAGUUAAGGAAAUUAGGAAGUACUAUGGAAUUUAAUUUACGCGUGCAAGAGUUUAUAGAGUUAGUAAGGCAGGAUAGGAGGCUUGAUGCUGUCAAGCAUGCUAGAAAAUGUUUUACCAAUUACGAUGAUUACCAAUUGCAAGAAAUUCAAUGCUGUAUGGGACAAUUAGCAUUUCCAGCAAAUACGUCUCUUAGUCCAUAUAAAGAUUUGUUAGAUGAAAAGAGAUGGGAUAGAUUAAUUGAGCAAUUCAGGCAUGAAAAUUAUAGACUUUUCCAAUUAGCAACUCAAAGUGUUUUUACAGUAGCAUUACAGGCAGGUUUAUCGGCAUUAAAAACACCUCAAUGUUAUAGUGCAAACAAAGAAGGGAGAAAUCCAAAUUGUCCAGUAUGCAAUGAAGCUCUUAACGAAUUAGCUGUUCCAUUGCCUUUUGCUCAUUGUUCACAGUCUAGACUUGUCUGUAGUAUUAGUGGAAAACCAUUAAAUGAAUAUAAUCAACCAAUGAUGAUGCCAAAUGGAUAUGUAUAUGGAGAACAAGCAUUGGAAAAGAUGGCUCAAGAAAACAAUGGUACUGUAAUUUGUCCAAAAACCAAAGAAGUGUUUCCAUAUAAAAAGAUAGAAAAAGUGUAUGUUAUGUAAAAAUUACUGACUCAAACACACAAUUUGUAUUAUAUACAAUGCAUCUUUCAUAUUCUAACUUGGAAUAUUUACUGUUUAAUACUGUAUACCGAUAUUAACAAAGGGAAUAACUUCUAUUUUUAAGGAAAUAUUUUUUUGCAAAUUAAUUAAUUUGUGAUCAUCUACUAGAAUAAAAUGUGAUACAUAUGAAUAAUGUGUGUUAUGGAAAACGUUCUAAUUUUUCGAUAUAAAAAGAUAUAAAAAUUACUAUGAUAAUGUAAGUGGUUAUUAAACAUGAAAUCAGAUUUUUGUCCUUACUCAUUUAUUUAACAUCAUUUCUACAAUAAAUUGAACAA